AUGGUAAUGAGUAAGAAUUCACAACGUAAAUUAGAUCCUACGGACAAUGAAAAAUUCCCAGCGGAUGUUUUGAACGAACUAAAUAUUUGUUAUCGUGUUUGUUUCAAAUUUGUCCAGAAAGAAAUUGAAGACGAUGAUGAUAAAGAUGUUUGCGUAUGUAAUAAGCUACGAGAAAGUCAUAAAGAUCGAAGUUAUCCUGAAAAAGAAGAUGUUAAAUGGACUAUGGAUCUAAAUACUAAAGUAAAAACAGAGCCUGCUCAUGGUAUACUGCCAAAUGGUGCAUUGUAUUUACGACUUGCCAUGGAUACACCGAAAGAAAAAGUUGCAAGACUUCUUUUUGACGUAUGGAGAAUCCGAAAACCUCGAUUAAUUAUGUCAAUUAUUGGAGGUGCAAAAUAUUUUACACUAAGUGAUCGACUUGAAUCCAAUUUUAUUAAUGGUAUUACUGAAGUUGCACUCAAGUCCGAUGCAUGGUUAAUCACAAAUGGUUAUAAUGCUGGUAUUGUUCAUCUUGUUGGACAAGCAAUUAAUAAAGUUAAAUUUACAAAAUUAAACAAACAUAUUACAGCUAUUGGACUUUGUAAAUGGGGAAGUAUAAAAGAUGUAGAAACACUUACAAAGCUAGAUAAGAAAGAAUCGGAGAAAUCUGAUAAAAUGCGUGAUGGCGGUAUAGAAAAAAAACGUGAAAGUGGUCAACGUGAUCUAGAAAUGAAUCAUACUCAUUAUUUGAUGUUAGAUGAUGGAAGAUUUAGAUUCUAUGAUACAGAAGAUUACCGAACAAAAUUAUGUCUUCAAUUAGCAAAACUACAACACGAAACUGAUCUUCCUCUUCCUGUUGUUACUAUUGUGGUUGAAGGUGAUAAAGAUACCAUUACAAAUAUGUAUUAUGAUUUACGUGAUAAUAUCCCUGUUAUUAUCAUUGAUGGUAGCGGCGGUGUUGCUGACUUUUUCAAACGUUGGUUAUUAUAUACAAAAGACGUCGAUAAAGCUAGUAAAGAUUCUGAAUUUUUACAUGGAAUUAAUGAAUUUCUUGAAAUUGGCCAAGUAACUACCUGUACACCUUUGCAACCGAAAAAUGACCAUGAUUCUCGUACAUGUUUAAAUGUCCAACUGAAAAGACAUCCUACGAAACUUCAAGAAUUAUUUGAAAAAUAUCAUAAACGACUCAAAGAAGAUCUUAAGCUUGUUAUAUCAAAUGACGAUGAUCUUAGUAAAGGAAAGAAGUCCAGUUAUGCACCAGAUGAUAAUCCAAGCAGUACAAACUCAAUUCAAUUAGAUGAAACGCUUCGACAAGUUAUGUAUUGUCUUCAGCCUGCUGUUCGUUCUGGUAUAGCUGUAUUUGAUUUGAAUUCAGAUGAUAAUUUAUCUGAAACUAUUUUUCGUACUGUUUGUAAAUCACGUCAAAAAUAUUUUGAAAGAAAAGAAAGGGAUGAAAAUGACACAAUGGAAAGGUCUCUACGAAAAUCUAAACCACAACCAACUGCAGAUGUUAAACAACAUCAUGUAGAUUCACGUCGUCAUGUUAAUAGAAGAGAUCAAAAUGCACAACGAUCGCAAUUAUUAAAAUUAGCAAUGAAUUGGGAUUGUAUUGAUAUUGCAAAAGAAUUAAUUCUUCAAAAUUCGUUAGAUAAUAUUCUAAACAAAGAAGAAGCUUUUGUGAUCGCUUUAAAACGGAAUUUACCACAAUUUGUUUAUGAAUUUAUCAAACUGAGUAUUGAUCCAAGUAAAAUAUUCUUUGAAAAUGAUGCAUUCUCUAUGUCAAAAAAUCGAUAUAAAAAUUUUUUUCAACGUUUGUACAGCAAUAAAGCUGUGAAUAGUGAUAAUACUCAAUUAAGUGCAUUUAUUGAAUCGGACAAUGCCAUUGGAAAACAUAUUGGUAUAACUGAUGAGCUAAAUGAAGUUCUUACUACACUGAUUGGUGAUUAUAUGCAUAAAUUAUACUUUGAUUCAAAUGCCGACGAGAUUAAAUAUCGAGCAUCAUGGGGUUUAAUACCUCAAAAUGUCGAACACAAUCAAACAAAUCCUACAAAUUCUGACCACCACGAUAAACCAAGUAAAGAAAUAGUUUUUGACACUAUUAUGCGAGAUUUAUUUAUAUGGGCAAUACUUAUGAAUCAUACCGAAAUGGCUCAAGUCUUUUUAAGUCACAUGAAAUAUCGAAUAUGUGCUGCACUGAUUGCAACAAAAAUAUUAAAACAAUAUUUUCAGAAAGCGCCAUAUGGUGACUUAAAAGAUAGUUAUGAGAAAAAUGCAAAAUAUUUUGAAGAAUAUGCUAUUGCAUGUAUCAAACAAUGCGAAAAAAAUGAUACUGAUCUAGCAUGUGAAAUUGUUCUGCAACGAAUAGAACUAUAUGGAAAUGUGACUUGUCUUCAAGUUGCUGCUGAUGCCCAAGAUAAAUUAUUUAUUGCAACACCAUGUUGUGUUCAAGCUAUGAAUAAUAUAUGGUAUAAUAAUAUUUACCCUGAACAAUCAAAGAAACGAAAUGAAUUAGCUAUGGCUAUUGGAGUUUUUACACUUGGUCUUCUGGCACCAUUUUGUGUCACUUUUCGAGAUCCUCCAACGGAAGUAAUCAACGAAAAACCUGAAAAAUCUUUUCAACCUUAUGGCAUACAUUAUUCCGAUCCUUAUGCAACACCAUUUCGGCGAUAUACUAAAUAUUUUGCAAUAAAUAAUUAUGUGCAUCAUAUAAAAAAUUUUCAUCGAGCUUUACGCAUGAAAUAUUGUUACCAUUGUCUAAUUUAUUGUUUUUUUCUACUACUUUUCUCUUAUGUACUUUUAUUUGAUUUUCAACCACCAACUUCUUCAGUACCAUGUAUCCAUUGGACUGAAAUCUUGACAAUUAUACUUGUUUCAAUUAUGUUAAUUGAAGAAAUUCAUUAUUUUGUUAGCCAAGAUAGUAUAACAGUAUCUGGGAAAAUUGAAAGCUAUUUUAGGGAUUUAUUUAAAAUUAUGACUCUGAUUGGAUUUAUACUUUUUUAUACUGGAUUAAUUCUACGCUUUACUCAUGCAGAUAAUGAGAAUGAAUUUGUCGCAGCUAGGGUAGUAUGGGCUAUUGAUGUUGAACUGUGGUGGCUUCGUUCUUUAGCAUUUAUUAUUGUUAUACCAUCUCUUGGACCUCAUUUGGUGGCUAUUGGAAAGAUGCUCAAAGAUCUUUUGUUCUUUAUUUGCAUAAUUGCUAUUGUUAUGACUGGUUAUGGUGUUGCAUCUCGUUCAAUGGUUUAUUAUUCAAAUCCAACUUUAUUCAAUGAUACUACUACAGACACAUCAUUUGAUGGUAGAAGUAUUUUUCGUCAAAUUAUAUAUCCAGUAUAUUACUUAUUGUAUGGACAAAUGGGCAAUGAACUCGCUGAUCUCGACACCUAUCCUGAUGCUGCAUGGUCAAUUGCUACACAAGUAUUACUUGCUAUUCAGAUGCUCUUUGUGAACAUAUUACUUACUAAUCUUCUCAUUGCCAUGUUUAGUAAGCGAUUUGAUCAAGUUUAUGAUGAUACAAAAAAUAUUUGGCAUUCUCAACAAUAUUUAUUUACAAGAGAAUAUUAUACACGUUCACCAUUUUUACCACCUAUAAGUCUUGGGUAUGAUAUUUAUCAUUUAUGCCGUAUAGUAUUUUUUGCUAUAAGACAAAUGUGUUUUAAAAAAUCAGCUGAUGGCAAAGCAAAAGUAUUUAAAAUGAUUCCAAUUAAUAAUAAUCGUAUGAAAGAAUGGUAUGAAUUUGAAGGUGCAUCGACAUAUGAAUAUGCACAUGCACAAGUAAAAUCAUUGAAACCAUCAUCGGCAGUAUUACCAAGUGGAUCAGAUUCUGCUAGUAAUGAAAAUAAAGAUGAUACAAAUGAUAAUGCAAAUGAUUCAAACAAUUCAAAUGGUGAUAUUCGACUUACAAAAGAUGAUUUAGAAAAAAUAAAUCGAUCAAUAAAUGACUUGAAAAAAGAAAUGCAAACAAAAGUAAAAGAAUCAACUGAUGAAUUGAAAACACAAAUGCAAAUAUUAAUUAAUAAAAUAUGUCCCGAAACAAACACAGAGUGA